UGAUCAAAGGAGCAGAGACGAAACGAAGGCCACCGCACUGCUCCACUUCGCCUUCCCCUCCAAGACACGAACUCCGGCGACCCCGCCCCCCACCCACGAGCACCCCACUCGCUCCGACCACCGCCAUGGCGAGGCGCGGCGGCGACUGGGUCUACGAGAACAACGGCGGGACCUGCGUGGCCAUCGCCGGCGCGGACUACUGCGUGGUCGCCGCCGACACCCGCCUCUCCGUCGGAUACAACAUCCUCACCCGCGACCACUCCAAGAUCUGCGAGCUGGCAGAGAAAUGUGUAAUAGCAUCUUCCGGCUUCCAAGGUGAUAUCAAAGCUCUGCAGAAGAACUUAUCUGCCAAAGAACUGCUAUACCAGCACCAGCACAACAAAAGAAUGAGCUGCCCUGCAAUGGCACAAUUGCUCUCCAAUACUCUGUACUACAAGCGGUUCUUCCCAUACUAUGCUUUCAACGUGCUUGGCGGGCUUGACAGUGAAGGGAAAGGAUGUGUUUACUCCUAUGAUGCUGUUGGUUCCUACGAGAGGACUGGUUACAGUGCUCAGGGAACAGGAUCUACUCUGAUCAUGCCAGUGUUGGACAACCAGCUGAAAUCACCCAGUCCACUAUUAGUCCCUGCAAGAGAUGCUGUGACACCUUUGUCCGAGUCAGAGGCUGUCGACCUAGUUAAGGAUGUGUUUGCAUCCGCAACUGAGAGGGACAUCUACACUGGUGAUAAGGUGGAGAUUGUAGUCAUCAACAAAGCUGGGACAAGGCGUGAGUACAUUGAGUUGAGGAAGGACUAAGUCAGGGCUUGAAGUUUGUGAUGCAGUUCUAUUGCUUGGGAACGCUCCCUAGAUAUAGGGAAUUAUUAUGCCCAGAGCGGUUUACUUCAUAGAAACCAUUGUCUCAUGCUUGCUUUGCUUCUGUGGUGUACCAGGAUUCACACAUGUUGCUUUGUUAAACUAAUUUGCUGCUUCAUGCACAUGAGAUUGUGAGUUAUUUGUUGGCAGGAA